AUGAUUGAAACAAUAGAUGAAGACAACAACUACAAUAAGAUUGAUCCAAAAAAAGGAGUGAAGGUCAAUAUGGGAGACAUGUAUUAUACUACAUCCACAAGCCCAAAUUUUUCUAACAAUUAUCCCAGUCAAAUAUUUUCAGGAGCGAUUCAAAUCACUUUUCCAAGACAGAUCAAUAUCACACGUGUUGAACUUGAAAUUAAGGACGGAGGUUCUUGCAGUUAUUACAUUAAUCCAAAUUCUGUCUCACCUUUUUUCAAAUGGGGAAGAGAAAUCUAUGGCUAUAAUAAUGGAUAUCUAUAUCCAUUAUUUUACGAUUUUUCCUAUGUGCAAACAACAAGAAGUGUUUCUCAACCACCUGAUGGAGUCAUCAAAUUUACUUCCUUAAUUUCUACGAGAAAUACAUUUGACAUUCUAGUGAUUGGAGUUUAUAGUGGACGUAGUGACUCCAAUAGAUGUUCCUACUCAGUACGAAAUCUUAAAGUUUUUUAA